CCUGUACAUCAGAAAAGAAGAAAGAGGACACCAGAAAGCCAACUUGUGGAACCGAAAGCGUCGCAGUCAGUCCAAGAUGAAGUCAUCCUCAGCUCGCAUCUGUCUCUGCCUCCUGUACGUGAUGAUAGCAGCCUCUGUAGCUACUGGGGUUGUAGCAGCUCCCAACUCCCAGGCUAAAACCUUGGAGAAACAACUGCAGGACUUGAAGCGUGAAGUUCAGGAGCUCCAGACCAGGGUACUGCAGAACCAGGAAAGAGACCCUACUGGCACGGGUUACGUGGGGCGAUGUGAGACCGGAACAGUCCAUACCACCCAUUCCAUGUACGGGUCCGGGGUGCGCACACAGGACCUGACGGCACUGUUCAGCCGGUCCUUCUUUACAACUCCGGUGGUGACAGUGGGGCUGGGAAACCUGGACCAAGGCCACACGGGAACCAGAGUCACCCUACAUGUGCGCUCCGUGUCAACCACCGGUGUGGUUAUUCGCAUUGGCACAUACGCGGAUACGGUGCUGUACGGUGCAUCCGUUCACUGGAUGGCCUGUGCGUGAUCAUGAGAAUAAAACCUGUUUGCCCAAAGAUC